AAAAAAAAAAACGCGUUUGUAGACAUUGUUGCAGUCAAAUGCCUGCCAAGUUCACCCACUACAAAGUCCAAACUGCCCCACCACCACUACCACCACCGCAACACCUCCAAAGCCCAAACCCACACUCAAAACAUCAAUACAUUGCAGAUUGCUCAGCUCACAAGCCUCUGAAUCUCUCCUUAUUCGUGAUAAAUCCUCAUUCUUCUGCUCUUUCCAUGGACAACCCAUCAACGACAACGUCAAGUUCAGGCCCAAAUGCUCUCAUCACUACUCUUUACAACUCCAUCCAAGCACUGGGUCGAGGCUUUGAUGUCACUUCUGAUAUUCGGCUUCUUUAUUGCAAGGGUGCACCUGGGUCUCGCCCUGUUAUCCUUGAUGAAGAGAAUACCAGGGAUCUUGUAGUCUCUGAUGGUGUUAUUAUUCCUAAUGUUUCUGUUGACAUUGAGGCGUCUCGAGGCAAGAGGACCACGGAGUCCAUCCCUGUUUGUGGAUUCCAUGAGAUGGCACAGCACUUCAAUGAGUUAUCAGGUAUAUCUGGAAGCAUUCCACUCGGAAGCUUCAAUGCCAUGUUCAAUUUCACUGGUUCUUGGCAUGUAGAUGCAGCAGCUACAAAAUCCCUUGCCAUGGUUGGAUAUUACAUCCCGCUAUUUACAGUUGAAUUGGCAAACUCAAAUUUAGUGUUGCGUGACGAAAUCAAGCGUGCUGUUCCUUUUACUUGGGAUCCUACAUCUUUGGCGAGCUUUAUUGAAAAUUAUGGCACCCACAUUGUUACAUCUGCAACUAUUGGUGGAAGAGAUGUAGUUUAUGUAAGGCAGCACCACUUAUCUCCUUUAUCAUCAUCAGACAUUGAGAACUAUGUGAAAGACAUUGGAGACCAGAGGUUUCUGGACCCAAAAAGUCAGCCAACUGCUGCUCCACUCAAAUACAAGGACAAGGAUGUUACAGUCAUUUUCAGGAGGAGAGGAGGUGAUGAUCUAGAGCAGAGCCAUGCAAAGUGGUCAGAGACUGUAGAACUGGCACCAGAUGUAAUUAACAUGAAAUUUGUUCCCAUUGUUUCUCUGCUUGAUAGCGUACCUGGAUUAAAACAUUUGGCCCGUGCAGUUGACUUAUACUUGGAGUAUAAACCACCUAUUGAGGACUUGCAGUAUUUCUUGGAAUUUCAAAUAGCUCGAGUUUGGGCUCCAGAACUUAAUAAACUUCAAAGAAAAGAGCCUGUAUGCCAAUCUCUUCAGUUCAGCUUGAUGGGUCCCAAACUUUAUAUCAGCCCUGAUCAGGUAACAGUUGGCCGAAAGCCAGUCACUGGGCUUAGACUUAGCCUAGAAGGCAGCAAGCAAAAUCGACUUGCCAUCCAUUUGCAACACCUAGUGUCUCUUCCAAAAAUUCUUCAACCUCACUGGGAUGCACACAUGGCCAUAGGUGCACCCAAGUGGCAGGGUCCUGAGGAGCAAGACAGCCGUUGGUUUGAACCUAUCAAGUGGAAGAACUUUUCUCAUGUAAGCACUGCACCAAUAGAGCACACUGAGAUUUGCAUUGGCGACCUUUCUGGCGUUCACAUUGUAACAGGGGCACAGCUUGGCGUUUGGGAUUUUGGUGCCAAAAGCGUAUUACACCUCAAACUUCUCUUCUCCAAAGUACCAGGAUGUACAAUAAGACGGUCUGUGUGGGAUCAUAGCCCUUCCACCCCUUCUACCUCCCAGAAGCCUGAUGGGUCAUCUUCAUCACUAUCAAAUGAAAAGACCGAGGACAAAAAGGGAGAUAGCUCAAGCCAAACAGGGAAACUGAUCAAAAUUGUGGACUUAACAGAAAUGUCCAAGGGGCCACAAGAUAUUCCAGGUCACUGGUUGGUUACAGGGGCUAAGCUGGGGGUGGACAAGGGAAAGAUUGUAUUACGCAUAAAGUACUCAUUACUCAACUACUGAUCUAUUAUGUUAUUGUAGUUUUAUUGUCCUCCACUCGAAAGCGUAGUCAAGCAUUCUUUGCACAGGCCAUCCCAGUUCAUUUGUUCUUCUGUACAUUUCCUUCCCUUUUUACCCUAUUUAGUUGAUAGGAUCUAAAUUGUCUCAAGGUUCUAUUUUUUUGAAUGUUGGUUUUCAUCUCUGGUUUUUUUGAGGACAAAGCCAUGUUGAAUAAUGACUGAUGGGUCCAAUUUUAUA